CCUCUCUCAAUCGUCCUCCUCUCUCUAAAAUUAUCUCAUGCUCUCUCUCGGUCUCCCUCUAACAUUUCUCUUGUUUUUUAUUUCUCUCUGUCCUCUUCACGGUGUCUCAAUCGGAUCAUCUCCGCCGUCCGCUCACCUGACCAGCAUUCCGGCGAUUCAUAUCAAAUGACUUGCUAUUUGGGUUCGCGUAAGGGAAAAUUCUAUUUGCGGUUCGGUAUGCAAAUCGGUAAAAUUUCUAUCCCAUUAUUAUCUUAAAUCUAUUUGCUUAUGAUUUGUUAUGGCUGGAUCAAUCAUUUAAUUCGAUCCGCUUCCGAGGGUGGCUUUUAUUCAAUGAUUGCCUAUUGAUCCAUUGAAGUUCCAUCGAGCAUUACCACCACCUCCGCACCGUUUCAUUACGGUUAUUCCCGGCGCAAAAACAAUUAGAGCUAUCAAUUUGAGGGUUAGGGUUUGUUUGCUUUGAGUAAUGUUGAAGAAAAUUAUAAAAGGUGGGCACAAAAAGCCCUCUAAAUCUGAUGGUCACGAUCAUGGGUUUGGGCCACCGGGGUCGGGACCUGCAUCAAAUGUGGUGGUUAACCAUGCGUCUCGGCCGUCCCAUGCCCCUGAAGGUCCCCACAAUGGCACGAUGGUCGUGGCUCCGCCGCCAAUGAAUUCGAUAGAAAUCCUUCCACACUUCCGGGAUGUGCCAGUAUCAGAGCGACAACACCUGUUUCUUCGGAAGCUUCAGGUCUGUUGCUUCCAAUUGGAUUUCAGCGAUACGCUGAGAUCGGUGCGAGAGAAGGAAAUCAAGAGACAGACUUUGUUGGAAUUGGUCGAUUUUAUUCAAUCCGGCUCGGGAAAAAUCACUGAGACCUGUCAAGACGGAAUGAUUAGAAUGAUUUCGGUGAAUAUAUUCCGGUGUUUGCCCCCAGCUGCUUAUGAGAACACCGGGCAAGAAGUUUCAGAUCCUGAAGAGGAGGAGCCUUAUCUGGAACCAUCGUGGCCUCAUUUGCAGCUUGUUUAUGAGCUUCUUUUAAGAUAUGUUGUCUCGUCAGAUACAGACACAAAGGUCGCCAAGAGGUAUAUUGAUCAUUGUUUUGUGUUGAAAUUGCUAGAUUUGUUUGAUUCUGAGGAUCCUCGCGAGAGAGAGUAUUUGAAGACGAUUCUUCAUAGGAUUUAUGGCAAAUUUAUGGUGCAUCGCCCAUUUAUUAGGAAAGCAAUAAACAAUAUAUUUUAUCGGUUUGUUUAUGAGACUGAGAGGCACAGUGGGAUAGGAGAACUACUGGAGAUUCUAGGGAGCAUUAUAAAUGGUUUUGCCCUGCCAAUGAAAGAAGAGCAUAAGCUGUUUCUUGUAAGGGCGCUUAUACCACUGCAUAAACCAAAGCCAGUUUCUAUAUACCAUCAGCAGCUGUCUUAUUGUAUUGUCCAGUUCGUUGAAAAGGAUUACAAGCUUGCAGAUACAGUUAUAAGGGGUUUGUUGAAGUUUUGGCCUCUGACUAAUUGUCAGAAGGAAGUUCUCUAUCUUGGAGAACUUGAAGAAGUGCUGGAGGCAACACAGUCUGCAGAGUUUCAACGCUGCAUAGUUCCUCUUUUCAGACAGAUUGCUCGCUGCCUCACUAGCUCCCACUUUCAGGUUGCAGAAAGAGCCCUGUUUCUGUGGAACAAUGAACACAUCGUGAGUUUGAUUGCUCAGAAUCGUAGUGAGGUAUUACCAAUUAUUUUUGAGGCAUUGGAGAAGAAUAUCCAAAGUCAUUGGAACCAAGCUGUUCAUGGACUUACAGUUAAUGUUCGGAAAAUGUUCAUGGAAAUGGAUGCGGAGUUGUUUGAAGAGUGUGAGAGGCAGUACGAAGAGAAAGAGUCAAGGGCCAAAGAAGUGGAAGAGCAACGGGAAAUGACAUGGAAGAGACUGGCUGAUGUUGCAUCUCAGAGAGGGGGAGAUGGCAUGAUCACUGUUUAAUUGGUUUCUCUGGGUUGGAUGGUCCACCAUUAACAAAAAAAGAAAAAAAAAAAGCAUUGUGUGGAUUGGAGACAUUAGAAACUCUCCUCCUCCACAUGGUGGUGCUAUUCUUUUGCCUUAUUUAAUUUUUUCCUCGUCAUUUCUCUUUUAUUUUUUGACCUCAAUCUAAUCUUAAAGAUAUCAGAAAUAGCAACCAUAAAUGUAAUGUUAAGAUGUAUUAAAUUUGUUAGUAAUAUGGUGCACAUGAAGAAUGAUUUGUGCGCAUCUCUUAUUAUUCUCUCUC